AGUCAACAAGUUACAAUUUUCCAAUGUUUAGUUUUAAAAUAAUGUAUUAGAAUCAAAUAAAAAUGAAAAGUGUAUAUAAUGAAAGAUUUGAGGAGAAAUAUGAUGGAAUUUCAAAGAGUAAAGGAAUCCCUAACGUGACCAUAACAUUAGAGAAACGUAAAAUAAACGAAAAAAUUAUGAAUAGAGUGACAAAAGAAUGCCAGACACCUUUCUUCUAUCACAAAUUUAUCAUUUACGGUGCAGAAUCCUAUGAGAGAAACUACAUUUUAAAAUCGAUUAUGGAUUUCGUGUAUCCCGCUACAUUAAUGCCAAUUCACUUUCAACAAAUUGUAGGCUUGUCGUAUUUUCUCGCAAGGAAUUGCUUAGACAUUAUCACUAAAAUAGCCAAGGAAAAUUUCCAAAUACCUCAUCAUUUGGAUACGAAAGCACCUUUUAAUGUAGUGGUAUUAGCCAACUUCAUGGUCUCCGAAGAAGUACCUUUACAAGACACGUCUAACAACAUAGAAGAAGUCCUACAAAAACGAUUCAAAAGAGAGUCUAGAAUCCUAAAUUUAAAUAAUUUCAGCGAUGAUGUUGAUCUUAUCGAAUACUUUCCUUUAUUUAACGACAAAAUCUUUCGCUACGUGAUUAAUCAAAGCGCCGGAUUGGCCCCGAGAAACCUUGAUUUAGCGAACAAUUACCUCAAAGAUAUUUCCUCUCUAAGCAUUUUAAAAGGCUGUGUCGAGACUUUAGACUUGAGUAACAAUGAAUUAAAAGAUAUAGAAAGUUUAUCGAAACUCUCGGAAUUCACACUACUCAAGCAUUUGAUGUUAACCGGAAAUCCUUUAUGCGAAAACUACAAUUCCUACAAUUACGUGAUAGAUGUUAAAAGAUACUGUUCGAAAUUAGAAACUUUAGAUGGUGUGGAUGUUCGAGUGCCGAGGUUCGAGAAGAAUUUCCUCUGCUGUGAAGACGCCCGAGACUUGGCAUCCCAAUUUCUGGAAAGGUACUUCACUAACUACGAUUCCGACAGGAUGCUGUUGAAGGAUAUGUACGAUAGUAGUGUUAUCUUCUCGAUGAAUGCUAGUGUUCAUUCGAAUCAAAAGAAUUCGGACUCGGUUAGAUUGGAGCAUUAUGGACUCGGUAAACCUGAUACAACAUGUGGAAUAACGGAGGUUAUGAAGUUGUUUCAACAAUUUCCGAAGACUUGGCAUGAUCCCUACCCGUUGGUGUGCGAUGUGGUUAUAUUUACAGAUACUCGGGCUCAUUUGGUGGUGAACGGUAUUUUCAAAGAAUUAAACCAGAUGUUGUUUUUCAAUAGGAGCUUCUACUUUAGCCGGAACAGCCAGAGAUUUACCAUUACAAAUGAACAAUUACACGUUAGCAAUGCGAUAGAUUACCAAGUUAGUUGGAGUUUUACGUUUCCCGGUAACGUCCAUCUUACCAGCACCCCGUUGCCUUAUUUCUACCAACAAUAUAGGCAAUUGGAGGAGUUGUUUUGUACAUUAACUAAUGUAAACUUAGAGUACGCUCAGAAAUGUCUGCUUUAUAGUAAUUACGAUUUGAGGAAGGCGCUCUCUGUAUUCUCGGAAUUGUUUUUAAAGGAUGGUGUACCUAAAGAAGCGUUUACAAAGCAAAGGAAAUUGGAGAAUCAAAAGAACAAGUUUCCAAUUUGUAAUGGUUUGAGGGAAAGAGUUUUAGAGAAACAUAAAACGAUAUCGUUGAAAGUGUUGUGGGAAACAAUGGAAACUGCACGUUUCGAAACAAAUACUGACUCUUCUACGGAUUAUAAGUUAAAUAAAUUUUAUAAAUCAUCAAUGGAUACAAAUGUAAAUAUAACUCAUGUGAAGAAAGAAGAAUUUAAUAAAUCUACAGUAGGAGUGUUUGAUAAAACAAGUAAUAUAAAGAGAGAAGAGCAAGAUAUAACUGUUGUUUCUCCACAAAAACAAGCUGCAAAAAAGCCAAAAGUCCAAUAUUGGAUUUCUCCUGAAGAAACGAAGAAAUUUGCUGAAAAGCUCUCAUUUUGUAUCGAAUCAUUACUUGCCAAGUCGAAACAAAAUACUUCUAUAAUAGAAACAACAGCAGCUACUUCUACUUCGGUAGGAGAUUCAUCUCAAGAACCCUCCUCUAAUCCUCCAACAACAAUAAUUCCAAGUCCCGUUGUGGAAAUCCCCGAUUUACCCUCGACACCAUUACCACAAGCGCCUUUAAACGAUGAACAGGCGCAAGAAAUAUCCUCGGAACAAUCCGCCAUUAUCACCUUGGACCAAACCAUAAAGAAUCUGUGCUGGGAAUCCCCUGUACAAGACAAACCGCUGGUCAGAGCGCUCGUGCACAAGCGCAUGCUCGAAGAGCGGCGAAUAAUGCGAACGGGCGCCUUAGAGGAGCUCGAAAAAUUGGACAAAAUGGACGAAUAUUGCGCGCUGCAACUGUUUUCCAAAAGAAGUCAGAGGAAAUUCUGGAGGAUUACGGUGAAUCGCAAAACGAAAAUCGUAAAAGCGCACAUGGAAAAAUGCGGUUCUACCCUCGAAGAAGCUCUCUAUCACACGUUCGAUAAAUACUCAUUUGCCCCGAAUGGGAGAUUCCGAGUUCGAAAUGAAAUCUCUGUAUUUACAAACGGCGUAAAAGUUUCUGCUGGUACUUCGAGCAUUUCUUAUGUUAAACCGAGUUUGGCUAAGGUGAAAAGUGAACAAGGAAUUAUAGUCGAGGAGUGCCAUGGAAAGAAGGGUUCUGGAAAAAAGAAGAAUGCACGAAAAAAGCAGAAGCAGAGGUUAUUAAAGAAAUGAAUCUAGUGAUAAGUGGAUUUCAUGUCCAUUGUGGAUAGCUUCGAUUUAUUCGACUAUAAAAGACGAUGAAAAAUCAACAAUUUUAUUGCAAAAUUUGUUAAAUUAUUUACAGUUUAAUAUUAAAAAAAUUUGUACAUUGUGAAAAAAAAUAGGGAUCUUAAACAGAAUAAUACAGAUCCAUCUUUUUUUUUGAAGUGACCCUCGAAGGCAGUUAUCGAUGCGUAAAUUUUUCUAAAACCCAUCAAAAUAAAUACCCACUCGUCCCCGUCAGGCAUCCGUUUUUCGAUCGUCCUUUCAAACCAAUAACACAAAGGAGAUCGAACAACAACAUCACUUUUUCCUAAUUACACAAAAGAUCCCGUCGAGAUUAUACUAAUUGCUCGUUGCUGCUCGCCGACAGAUCGAGCAGUCUCCAAGCCGCCCUCGGAUCCGGCUCCACCACGUCCCUGCACAACACCCACACGUAAUUCACCCUCAUAACUUUGUCCGGGUCGCCUUCCACGACCGCCCCCGACGCGUCCCGCACGGCCAUCACCUGUUGCGAUGUAAAAGAAAUAAUCAACACAGGCCCUUGAUCCAUCACUUUGCCCAUCAUCAAAUCCACGUGGUCUACAUCCAGGAUUUUCGACUCGAUUUUAUAGCCUUUCUUGUAGGCUUCCUUGAUGGGUAUGGCGAAUAGAUUGAAGGGUCCUUCGUGACACCAGUCUUUCAGAACCUCGAGGUCUCCUCGUGUCAUAGCUUCGAGUACGUUAGGGAUGAUGUCGGUUUCGCAUUGUUUUAGGAAGCGUUUCGUAUCGAAGUCCGGGUCGAUUUUACAGAUUUCCGUUAGGGUUUCGGAGAGUUCGGUUUUUUGGAAUAAGCCGCCCAUGAUGUCUCCGACUUUUUCCGUGAGCGCCCUGGAGGCUCGGAUGAUGGGGUUCUCGCUUUCGUCGAAUUUGAGUUUCCAGUCCAUGACUUUGUGCACGUACGGGUUGUUGUUUUUGAAGUUCUGCCAGGAUUCGUAGAAUUUGGAGUCUUUGUGGAGUUCCACGCCUGUGGCGUCCGUGUUGGGUUCGUAGUAUUUCUGUUGGACUACGGCGCUGGUUUCGGUUCGUUUUCGGAGCUUUUUAGGACUGACAUACACUCGACCUUAAAUGUAAAUUGGUUCAAAUGUGCUCGCGUACUGUUAUGUAAUGUACAAACCUUCCAUGCUGGUGUUGUCGAUUUCUUGUUUGACGGCUUUGGUGGCUUCCGAUAUGCUUUGAAACGCUCCGGUUUUGCUGAUUUCUUGUGCGGUUUCGCUGAUUUUGUGGGUAGUUUUUCCUACUUCUUCGGUAAACUUACCGGCCUUCUUGGCUAAAUCCGAUUUACUGGCCUCGUCUAUGACGCCUUUGACUCGAUCUUUGAUAGAACCUAAACUCUCUUUGAACACUUCGCCGCCUUUACUGGCCUCUUUCUCUACGGUUUCGAACUUCUGCCGGGCAGCUUUCAAAGCGUCGCUUUGCUCCAAUUUUUGCGCUUCUUCGCGGAAUUUCUUCAGCGACUCUUUCAUUUCUUUGUUUUUGUUCAUUUCGUCCUUGAAAUUGUCGUACAAUCGGCUGAGAAACGACGAUCUCUUGGCUGGUUCUCUCGAGUAAUAACGCACCUGAAUACAUGUAAACGAUAUUACGUAAUUAAUCGAGGUAAGUAAAUUGUGUUUACGUACCGCAUUUUUGAGGGUAUAACCAAACGAAUAUCGUUGUAAUCCAUACAUUUUAUUAGAUAUAUUCCUAAAAGAUCACGUUUAUGACAUUAACAUAACCUAAAACACUGGGAAGAAAAGUAGUUGAAAUUACUUCUAUGAAAUGAGUAUAAAUUGUACGGUAACUAUCUAAUUUCUAAUGGAGAUAAAUAACAAGAAAAGUUGUAAAAAAAACUUAUUUUUCUGACAUUUUUGUUGACCGGAACGACUGAAGUAACUGAAGUU